CUUUGGGUGGGGGUGAGAGGUGGAGUGGAGGAAAGACGAAGAAGAAAAGUGGAAAGAAAGGAAAAAAGGCAAAGGGAAGAAAAGAAACUUAUUUAACAAGUUCAUCGCAGCUGCCUCCUCCCUUUCGAUGUGCGUUUUUGGACAUGCGGAGGCUUUUGGAACCGUGUUGGUGGAUCUUUUUCUUGAAAAUCACCAGCUCCGUGCUCCAUUAUGUCGUUUGUUUCCCGGCUUUGACAGAAGGCUAUGUUGGCACUCUCCACGAAAACAGGCAUGGCAGCUCAGUGCAAAUCCGCCGGCGGAAAGCAUCCGGAGACCCUUACUGGGCGUAUUCGGGCGCCUACGGUCCUGAACACUGGGUUACAUCAAGUGUGAGUUGUGGUGGCCGCCACCAAUCCCCAAUAGAUAUUUUAGAUCAACAAGCACGAGUUGGGGAAGAGUACCAGGAACUGCAGCUAGAUGGUUUUGAUAAUGAAUCCUCCAACAAAACAUGGAUGAAAAACACAGGGAAAACAGUGGCUAUUCUUCUGAAAGAUGACUAUUUUAUCAGCGGUGCAGGACUGCCGGGCAGAUUCAAAGCAGAGAAAGUCGAAUUCCACUGGGGCCACAGCAAUGGCUCCGCAGGUUCUGAGCACAGCAUAAAUGGUAGAAGAUUCCCUGUCGAGAUGCAGAUUUACUUUUACAAUCCUGAUGACUUUGACAGCUUUCAAACAGCAAUUUCUGAAAACCGAAUAAUAGGAGCCAUGGCUGUAUUUUUUCAAGUCAGUCAGAGGGACAAUCCAGCACUGGAUCCUAUUAUCCAUGGAUUGAAGGGUGUCGUCCAUCAUGAGAAGGAAACCUUUCUGGACCCAUUCGUCCUUCGGGACCUCCUACCAGCGUCCCUAGGGAGCUAUUACCGCUACACUGGUUCCUUGACCACCCCACCAUGUAGUGAAAUUGUGGAGUGGAUUGUUUUCCGGAGACCUGUUCCCAUCUCUUACCAUCAGAUGGAGGCCUUCUAUUCCAUCUUUACCACAGAACAGCAAGAUCACGUCAAAUCUGUGGAAUAUCUGAGGAAUAACUUUCGACCACAGCAGAACCUGAAUGACAGGGUGGUGUCCAAGUCAGCUGUCAAAGAUGCCUGGAGUCAUGACAUGACAGACCUGGAAAAUCCACUGGGAACUGAAGCCUCCAAAGUUUGUAGUACUCCACCAGUCAACAUGAAAGUUCAUCCAGUAAACCGGACAGCCUUGCUGGUCACCUGGAGCCAACCAGAGACCAUCUACCACCCUCCACUCAUGAAUUACAUGAUCUCCUACAGCUGGACAAAAAACGAGGAUGAAAAGGAAAAGACAUUUACCAAGGAUAGCGACAAAGACUUGAAAGCCAUCAUUAGCCAUGUUUCACCCGAUAGCCUUUAUCUCUUCAGAGUGCAGGCUAUAUGCAGAAAUGAUAUGCGCAGCGAUUUUAGCCAAACAAUGUUGUUUCAAGCCAAUACCACUCGAAUAUUCCAAGGGACCCGAAUUGUUAAAACAGGAGUGCCUACAGCUUCUCCUGCUUCUUCUGCGGACAUGGCUCCCAUCAGUUCUGGGUCUUCCACUUGGACUUCAUCGGGCAUCCCCUUCUCUUUUGUUUCAAUGGCUACUGGCAUGGGUCCCUCCUCGAGUGGCAGCCAAGCGACCGUGGCCUCAGUGGUGACCAGCACUCUGCUCGCUGGCCUCGGCUUUAGCGGUGGUGGGAUUUCCUCCUUCCCCAGCACCGUGUGGCCCACCCGCCUCCCAACAGCUGCUUCUGCCAGCAAACAGUCUGCCAGACCCGUUGUAGCCACAACGGAGGCUUUGUCCUCCCCGGCCCCAGAAGGUGAUUCUGCCCUGACCAAGGACAGCGAAGGCACCGAGGAAGGGGAGAAGAAUGAGAAGAGUGAGAGCGAGGAUGGUGAAAGGGAACACGAGGAGGAGGGGGAAAAGGAUUCCGAAAAGAAGGAAAAGAGUGGAGUGACCCACAGCACGGAGGUCCAGAACAGAACCAAGCCCACCCUCGUGCCAACUUCUCCUAAUCGAACUGUGGAGGAGGACAGAAAUGAAACUAUAGCUGGCCCAGAGCCAAACCCAAAAGUCCUCCCCACAGAUCGGAUUGAUGAGAGAUGGGAAACAGUCACUGAACCCAGCACGGGCCCUGUCACCCCCACCCAAGUGCCCUCCAUGGUCACAGGCGAACAGUACUCGGGAAAGGGUCCCAAGAGACCAGAGACGCCGUCCAAAAAGCCGAGUUCCAGAGGGGACCGAUUUCCAGAUGAUAAGUUCAUCACUGUAAAUCCAGACAAAAACACCUCUAGCAUGGUGACCCGAGCUUCUCCUGGGAGGAUGGACUGGAUUAUCCCCUUGAUCGUGGUGUCCGCUCUGACCUUCGUGUGCCUCAUUCUUCUUAUUGCUGUGCUAGUUUAUUGGAGAGGGUGUAACAAAAUAAAGUCCAAGGGCUCUCCCAGACGUUUCCGUGAAGUGCCUUCUUCUGGGGAGAGAGGAGAGAAGGGGAGCAGAAAGUGUUUCCAAACGGCUCAUUUCUAUGUGGAAGAUAGCAGCUCCCCCAGGGUGGUCCCCAAUGAGAGCAUUCCUAUCAUCCCUAUUCCAGAUGACAUGGAAGCCAUUCCUGUCAAGCAAUUUGUUAAACAUAUCAGUGAGCUCUAUUCUAAUAACCAGCAUGGAUUCUCCGAAGACUUUGAGGAAGUACAACGUUGUACCGCUGAUAUGAACAUCACGGCUGAACAUUCCAAUCACCCAGAUAACAAGCACAAAAACAGAUACAUCAACAUUUUAGCAUAUGACCACAGUCGAGUGAAGUUAAGGCCUUUACCAGGAAAAGAUUCUAAGCACAGUGACUACAUUAAUGCAAACUACGUCGAUGGCUACAACAAAGCAAAAGCCUAUGUGGCCACACAGGGACCUCUCAAGUCAACAUUUGAAGAUUUCUGGAGAAUGAUUUGGGAGCAGAACACUGGAAUCAUCAUCAUGAUCACAAACCUUGUGGAAAAAGGAAGAAGAAAAUGUGACCAGUACUGGCCAACAGAGAAUAGUGAAGAAUAUGGAAACAUUAUCGUCACACUGAAGAGCACAAAAGUUCAUGCCUGCUACACUGUCCGUCGUUUUUCAGUCAGAAAUACUAAAGUGAAAAAGGGUCAGAAGGGAAACCCUAAAGGUCGGCAGAAUGAAAGAAUUGUGAUCCAGUAUCACUACACCCAGUGGCCUGACAUGGGAGUGCCAGAAUAUGCCCUCCCUGUGCUGACAUUUGUGAGGAGGUCGUCAGCGGCCAGGACACCAGACAUGGGGCCCGUGCUCGUCCAUUGCAGUGCCGGAGUGGGCAGGACAGGCACCUACAUCGUCAUAGACAGCAUGCUGCAACAGAUAAAAGACAAAAGCACAGUUAACGUCCUGGGAUUCUUGAAACACAUCAGGACGCAGCGUAACUACCUCGUCCAGACGGAGGAGCAGUACAUUUUCAUUCACGAUGCCUUGUUGGAAGCCAUUCUGGGAAAGGAGACAGAAGUCGCCUCAAAUCAGCUGCAUAGCUAUGUCAACAGUAUACUCAUCCCUGGAGUGGGAGGGAAGACCCGUCUAGAAAAACAAUUCAAGUUGGUCACACAAUGUAACGCAAAAUACGUUGAGUGUUUUAGCGCACAGAAAGAAUGUAACAAGGAGAAGAACAGAAACUCAUCCGUUGUGCCAGCUGAGCGUGCUCGAGUGGGGCUUGCGCCCUUGCCCGGAAUGAAAGGAACAGAUUACAUCAAUGCAUCCUACAUCAUGGGCUACCAUAGGAGCAACGAGUACAUCAUAACCCAGCACCCUCUGCCACACACCACGAAAGACUUUUGGCGGAUGAUAUGGGAUCAUAACGCGCAGAUCAUUGUCAUGCUGCCAGACAACCAGAGCUUGGCAGAAGACGAGUUUGUGUAUUGGCCCAGUCGAGAAGAAUCUAUGAACUGUGAGGCCUUUACCGUGACCCUCAUUAGCAAAGACAGAUUGUGCCUCUCUAAUGAAGAGCAAAUUAUCAUUCAUGACUUUAUCCUAGAAGCGACACAGGAUGACUACGUCCUAGAAGUCCGACACUUCCAGUGUCCCAAGUGGCCCAAUCCAGAUGCCCCAAUAAGCAGUACUUUUGAACUUAUCAAUGUCAUCAAAGAAGAGGCCUUAACAAGGGAUGGGCCCACCAUUGUUCAUGAUGAGUAUGGAGCAGUUUCAGCAGGAAUGCUAUGUGCUCUAACCACACUGUCCCAGCAGUUGGAGAAUGAAAAUGCCGUGGAUGUUUUCCAGGUAGCAAAGAUGAUCAAUCUUAUGAGGCCUGGAGUCUUCACAGACAUUGAGCAGUACCAGUUUGUCUACAAAGCAAUGCUCAGCCUGGUCAGCACUAAAGAAAAUGGAAAUGGCCCCAUGACCGUGGACAAAAAUGGCGCUGUGCUGAUUGCCGAUGAAUCGGACCCUGCCGAGAGCAUGGAGUCUCUGGUGUAAUUGGAAUCCUGAAGAGGCGCUUGAUUUGUAGAACGAAGGAAAACUGAGAGAACUUUUUUGAGGCCUUUUUUGCCAGACUCUAGGUUAUACAAUAACCCAGUUACUUUUUUACACUGAUAAAAAGUUUUGAUAUUUAUUUUUUGCCAUUUUAUGUCUUAAUGGUAUCCUACUGAGCAUUUGCACCUCUGUUUAUUUCACACAGUGAAACACAAUUUUAUCUCGUUUGCACUAUCUGAUCAGUGUUACUGCCUAUAAUAUCCUACUACAAAAGCGACCCCUGGUCUGACAUUCCAUGGCGACAUAUUGCUACUUUUAGUUCCAUGCAGUGAUGGUUUUUUGUUAAUGACAGUGAGCCUUGAAUCGUUGAUUUGUGAAUGCUGAACCAGCCCCAUUCUUUUUAAUGAACAGCGCUGUACUUGUCCCCAGCCCCCGUCCCUUACUCUUCCAAUCACUUUGGUCAAUAUCGUAUGCCUUUCGUAGUUCAGUAGAGUGGAUGAACACUGUUGAUGUUGUGUUGUUUUGUUUUGUUUUUUUCAGACUUUAGCAGGGGAUUGGUAGCCAUGUAUAUGAACAAGGUGUAAUUGCCUCCUGGGCUUGAAAUGCUUCGGUUAGUGGUGGCUCAGAUUUCCACUGACACAGCUUGGAGGCAUGGUAGCUGCUUCAUAUGUCCUUCACUUAGCAUUGGCAAAGUGCACAAAACCACAUGGGACAUAGGCAGCCGGUUAUGGACUCCACUUCAGAAUUCACAGUUAUGUCCAAAUAAAGGCUAACAUUGCUUUCUGGUUUUUAUGGCAGCCAUGUGGAUCAUAAUGUUUGUUAUAUCUAUCGUAAUGAUCUGAAUCAGCAACACAGUAAAAUCAGGGCUGUCUUAAAAAAAAAAAAUAGAGGUAGCAAUAUUUUACAUAACCAAGCUAUCGAAUACCUUUAAUUCCUUUACAUUAAUGCUUCUUGACCAUGACAUCACCUCCAGUGGGAUGUUGUUGAAUGAAAUGAACAUUUCCUUAAUCUCACUUGUUGCCAUUUUUGCAGGUGUGUAAUUUUGAAACGAGUGCUCAAAAGUAAAUUACUGAUCCAUAUUCUUGGUGAAGCAAUCUAAUAAAAACUACCUACCAAGUUAGCAUUCUCCUUCUUUUUUUGCCAAACUUUUCUUGAUAAAUCUCUUCAUUAACAUACCCCUUCCAAAUGAGAUCUGAUCUUUUUUUUUUCCUAUCAUUUAAAGGUUCUUAGUCUCAUUUUAAGAUGAAAACACUGGGUUGGCAAAAGUUGGGAACGUGGAGUUGGUUGUUGGAACUCCUAAAUUUGAGGUUAGCAAUGAAUCUGUAAUUACAGUCUGUCUUUUCUAGGAGCAAAAGCAGACAUUAUACAUAUACACACAUGUGUAUGAAUGUAUACUUGCAUCUCAGUAACCAAGACUGAUAUUCUCAACCAUGGCCAAGAGAAGCUCAUUUUCUUUGAUGAAUUUUGGACUAUGCUCAUUCUUUGAAACACAAUAGGAUUUUUGCCUUAAUGGGAAAAAGAAGAGAGUUAAGAUUGUUCUGUAAGCUGUUAGGUGGGAAAACCCAAUCAUACUUAGGAAGAUCCAAUUGAUUUAAUUUGCAUGCAUGCUUAUAAUAGAGAUAGCUGCUCUGGGAAUGAGGAGUUGGCCUCAGAAGCACUGGGUCUGGUAAGAAUAAGUUGUAUGUUUAAUAAAACACUGAACCCACAGACAAGACUAUCUAAGUACAUGUGGCCAGGCACUUCAGAAUCUUAAGUGAUAAUCUAACUCAUGGCCAUAUUCAAUUUGUCUUCAUCAAAAAGCCAGCCAGCCAACCAUCAUAUGGAGAGUUGCUUAAGGAAUAACAUGGUGGUGGACUGAACCCCCACAGUAUCAGCAUCUGGAUGGCCCUUUCCUAAGUGAAGCAGCUUUUCAGUCAUUCACUUACAAGCACUGAUGAGGUAUGCCUCCUGAUCUGACCUUCAUACAAACCUCAACAACAAUGAUCAUUAUACCAAUGUGGAGGACUGGCCUGCAUAGGCUUCCUUUCAUAGUAGCAUUUACUUGUUCUACAUAUGACAGGUGGAUUCAGAGACAUUUUACCACUCCCACUAUUGCCACUGAAGUUGGCAUUGGGAAAUCCCAACUAGUAGUGUGAGGAAUUAGACCACUGGACGUUUUGUACUCUUUGCUAGAAAUAAGAGGUCCUUCAGAGGCCUAUGAAUAAAAGAGGGUCUCAAAUCAUGGUAAGAUCCAAAGAUUUGAGUCCGUUGGGGUAUUCCAUUAUUUGAGUUUUAGUGCAUGUUUGCUUUCCAUGGGCUCCUGCUCAUUUUAGUAUUGGUUUAGCAGAGGUCAUAGUGGGAAAUGAAUGGUGAUGGGGGAUUGAUUGCCUCAUUUUGGGCCUCCCUCUUAACCUUCCCCUCCCCCAUCCCUUUAUGAAAUAAUGUUAGAGCUAGGACUCAUUUUUAUUUUCAGUGAUUGUUUUGGUAAAAGUGAAUAUUGGGUGUCAAUAGGAAAAAAAACUAUAUAGAAAGUAUUCAUUUCUGUGUUAUUUACUGAGGGCUCAAUUAAUGGAAAAAUAACUUUCAUCUAAGUUUUGUUGACCUUGGUCAUUGUUUACCUUGUGUCAAAAGAAAGAGCUGGCUAAUGCAUAGGCUAGAAACUACAUCCUAAGGAAAGUUCAGAAGUUCUUGGGAAUUAAAUCAGGUAGUGCCUGUAGCAGAAUUGAACCAAAGUCUGCGAGAUCCCAAUGGACUCUGAAUUACUCACUACUCUUUGUCUUGCCAAAGUAGUUCAUAUACUUUUUCAAAGGAAGAUAGGGGUGUCCAUCCAACUGUUUCCCACUUCAACUGUGAAAUACAUAAGUUAGUACUAUCUUCCCAGUAGCAGAGUCUCAGCGAAUGCAUUCAUGUUCAUUCUUUGAAACAUAAGCACAUGGCUUAACUACAGAACAAGGUUAUUAUCACUUUCACUCAGGGGGAAAGGAAGUAGCUAUUGCAAAUUCAUUCAUGCUUAUCAACGUGAGAAGCUCUUUGAAGAAUUUAAGUCGGAAGGAAACAGUAUACACCCAUUACCCAAAACUGAAUUGGAAUGAUCAGACCAAGUGACUAUGGGUUCUGGACACCUGAGAAGUGGCAUUCUCAGAAUAAAAGAAUAUUUUUUCAUUUGAAAGUCACAUUUCUUUUUUAACAUUAAAAAAGGCUAGCCUACCAGUAGGGUUUUGGAAAGAAUGAUGUGAGUUAAGUUGCUUUUCCUGAUUUUUAAGUCCUUUGGAGUCCAUUCUAAGCAGCUGGAUCAGAGAAGGUUAUUUUCUUAAUGGUCCUGAUCACAUGAGAUGUUAGCCCAAGCUAAUGUUUUGGAACCUGAAAAAUAACCUGAACUAUUUUUAAAUGACACAGCACAACUGCCCAGCUCAGAAUUUCUUUGCUUUUUUUUUUUUAAAUAAAACUGAUAGAUUAUAUUUAAAAAUUAAAAUAGAUACCAGUUUUACCAAAGAUACAUAUUACUAAUUCUCAGCAAAAAAAUAAAAUAAAAUAAAACAACAAAAACCCACCAUAAUUUAAGGAAGGAAAAUUGAAACGUAGUUUGUCUUAAAGAUUUAGCAGUCGUGCUUUAAGAUGCAUUUCCAACUCCUGUGUUCUGAAGUUUCUAUUCCCUUGGUGCCAGUGAAUUUGUAUAUGAAGGGAAAAUGCCUGCUUUUUUUUUCUUUAACAGCUGUAACUAGAUUUCUUGCUAAACUUUUGAAUUUGCCCUAAGUUGUCAUUCAACGUGAGACAUUGGCUUUGCUGAUCUCUAGGGAGAAGACAUGCAAAAAUUGGGAGAUGGAAUUUUAAUAAAGAUAUUUGGCCCUCGACUUUGUCUUAGCUGUUAAAAAAAACUGUUUUUAGUAUUUUUGUUAAAUAUUUGCAAAGGGAAACAUUUUCUACAGAGGAUUAAUUAAUUUCAAGAAAAAUAUCUUGAGUUUUAAGAAUAAACACGUCUCCAGAAGAGGAGACCAUCAAUUUUAUAAGCUGUCACAACUCUCCCAACAUUUGGGGAAGUGACUCUUUUUGUUAAGACAUUUGAAACUAGCAAGCAGCCAUUGUUUCUAAAGAACUCGGCCUUCAUGUUGACUCACGUUUCUUUGACUUCAUUUUGAAAUAGCAGAAAUCAUUAAAACUGUAAAUAUUUUGUUGCUUGGAUAAGCAUCUUCUGGGAACUUUGUAUCUAUGGUAUAUAAUCAUAGAAUUUUAUAUUUUCAUAUAAAGCUGAUUUUUUUCUAGUUUCAACUCCUUCAUACUUUUUUUUUUUUGUGGUGGAUAUGUGAAUACAGCCUUUCUGUGUACUGAAAGUAGCACGGACCAUCAUCACAUUCCAAAAGAAUCCAACGCCAUGUUCUUUCUUUGGGGCAGUGAUUAUGAAAGUUAGAUUUUCUUUUUCAUUCCAUUGUCAGAGUGGGCAAUAGGAAUUAGGCCUAAUCAGUCAUUGAACACGUCUGUCGCAUUGGACCCAUUUUGGAAAAAGUGGUGUUUUGUUUUGGGUAUCUUUUUUCCAUUUUGUUUUUGGGGGUUUUUUGUAACUUGAAGAAUUACCUUUUUUGUUCUGUUUAAAACUAUAUCAAAUCAUUCUAUGAUAGUGUUAUUUAAUAUGUAAAUUGUAUUGCUAUACAUAAAAUAAAGUAUGGUUUUUUGA